AUGGAUAAGGCAAAGGAAGAUCAAGAAGACGACGAGCUUGUUGAUGACCGGCAACUUGAGGCGCUGGACCGCUCCGUCAAAGCACAAAAAGCAACUGAAAAGGAUUUGAAAAGCAAUGAUACGGAAGGAGAGAAAGAAACUUUGUCGAGCACAUAUGAUGAUGGGUCCUCUAGCGAAGCGAACCAUGGAGAGACGGACGAAGAGAGCAAUCGACAGUUACCAGGGGCAGCGACUCCAGACAUUGAUCCUCCAAUUCUAUCAACACAGCCGAUACCGACGCCCUCACAUGGGCAUGAAGAGGCAUCGGGCACGGGUGAAGGAAAAAAUGGUCCUCCGGCGGCGUUGCAACGGUUCCCCGAGCCGCGAUCUCUUGCGUUUUCGAAUCCAGCUCUGCUGCGAGUGCAAGGUCUACCACAGGGAUUUGCGACUCCCGUUGUUGUUGAUCCCACUAUGACCGAUGAUCUACCCGGCGAGUCGGUCAUGUCUGAAUCAGGAGGCAUCGAGCUGAUUGGACACCAGAUGCGAAAUCGAUUAGAACGACUCGGUGUCAACAAAUUUUUCGCUGUCCAAGCGUCUGUCAUACCAAUCAUCCUGUCCUCGCCACAUUCUCGCAGUCUUUACUCGCCCUUUCGACCUCCUCGAGAUGUGUGUAUCUCUGCUCCAACCGGCUCGGGAAAGACUUUGGCUUACUGCGUGCCGAUCGUCGAGGUUUUGCGUACGCGUCUUCUUCCUCGCGUGCGUGCAUUGAUCCUCCUUCCCACCCGCGAUCUCGUCGCUCAAGUUCGCGAGACGCUCGAGAGCGUAGCAAAGGGCAGCGGGCUCAAAAUUGCGAGCGUCACAGGCACGCAGUCCUUUGCUGCAGAGCAGGGUAACCUCAUCGAUGGAGACGGGGAGAGUCUUGUCGACAUCGUCAUCGCGACACCUGGCCGUCUGAUGGACCAUGCCGACGCAACUGCAGGCUUCACCCUGCAGCACUUGCGCUUCCUUGUUCUAGACGAGGCGGAUCGACUGCUAGGUCAAAGCUUCAACGAAUGGCUCCCUCGUUUAAUGGCCAUGCUUGAUCCUCGGGCAAAACAGCUCCGGAAGGAAGAUGGUGACAAACUCCUGAAAGGGUCGACGCGACAUUCCCAAGCAGAGAUACUCCGCUCUGAUGCGGUCAAAGAGAGGGUCCUCCGCAGAGCGCUGGCCCCUGCGUGGCUGCAGGUUGAUUCUGAAUCGUCUGGCUCUCCUCCCGAUCCUGCCGCAAUUGCACAGCCGUCCAUGCAGAAACUGCUGUUCUCCGCCACGCUGACUCGCGAUCCAGCCAAAGUUGCGUCUUUGCGUCUGCGCAACCCGAUAUAUGUCAGCGUUAAAUCUUCCAAGGAGGAUGCGCAGGACGACACCGAGUACGCCAUUCCGGAGACCCUGCAGGAGCACAUGCUCGUCGUCUCGACAGAGGACAAGCCGCUUGCACUGUUCCAUCUUCUGCACCGCUCGGAAGCGCCUCUCCGUCAAGCACUUUGCUUUGCCAAGUCUGUCGAAGCUGCCAACCGACUUGCUAAGCUGUUAGAGUUCUUCGAAGAGAAACGCGGUGCCGAAGGAGUUAUCAAAGCUGCCAACUACAGCAGCGAGCUCUCUGCCGGCGAGCGAGCGCGGGUAUUGCAAGCUUUCAGGAAUGGGGAGAUCGACGUCAUGAUUUGUUCAGAUCUCAUCUCUCGUGGUAUCGAUAUUUCCGACGUGCAGCACGUCAUCUCAUACGACGUGCCUGUCGACAUGCGCAAAUAUGUCCAUCGCGUUGGUCGAACCGCCCGUGCCGGUAAGCAAGGCAACGCUUGGAGCCUUGUAGAGGAGCAAGAGGCGCGACACUUUAAGGAUAUGCUCAAGCGCGGAGGCCGAAGCAAGAAUGUGCGCAAGGUAAAACUGCAAGGCACGGACCUUCAAGAGCUGCGACCGGCUUACGAGCAUGCACUCGAGCAGCUGGCUCAUCGUUUCGGCCGGCAGCCUUAA